ACGGGGGCCCGUAGUCGGGGAAAUGGUGGUCACCAGGUCGGGCCGGCGUCAGGCCGGAGUCCCAGCUACGUCGCCUGAAAGCUCCGAGCAGAAGAAUUCUGCUAAAAGAAUUCAAGCUCAUCUAAAAGGCAGGAAGGAAUCUCCACCUGAUGACUUAAGUACUGCUGAAUCACAGAGCAACAGGAAACAAAGUCCAAUCCCUGAAACUCCUAAAACUGCAAAGAGGAAGAGCAGAACUAGAGGCUCAUUACCAGAAAUGAACAAACCAUCUACUGAUGGAGAGACCUCUGAAGCAGAAUCACAUUGCUCUGUAUCUGAGCCCCAGGAUUGCAUUUUAAGAGUAACCAGGAGAAGGCAAAUCUUAGUUGCAUACACCCCAGUGUCCAGUGUUAGGAAAAGGCUGAAAAUAACUUCAAUAAGUGAGUCUCAUACUGAAGAAGAAGUCUCUGAAGCAGAAUCGCAUGUUUCAGGUAUUUCUAGAAUUGUGCCUUCUGCAAGAACCAGAAGUAAGGCUAAUUCCCUAGCAGAUCCAAGCCAAGAAUCAAAUUCGGAAGCUAUUUCUGAUGCUGAGUCAUCAUGCUCAGAUAUUUCUACAUUUUCCAGAAUUGCAACUAGGAGAACAACAAGGAAUGUGCAGAGGAAAUUACAGGCACAAACAGAGGAGAAAGAUACUAAGAUUAUACCAGGAAAUGAAAAGCAAAUGGUAAAUACACCUAUGAGUUCAGAGGAUUCAGAUACCAAACAAACUUCUCGUUUACAAGCAAGACCUCUUCCUCAGGUAAAUAAACCAAAUUUCUCUAAUGAUGAAAUCUAUGACGACUUUGAUGAUGAUUCCUUCCACGGAAAGUCAGGGAAAAAACCAACAGUGCAAAAAUGCCAGCGUCUUAAUAUAAUAGAGGAAAAACAGGCCAAUGUUACCCCUCUCAAAGAAAUACCAAAGCAGAAUUGUAAGAGCUUAGAUGAGGAAGCCAAAGGAGUGACAGAUAAGGGAAAAGAAAUUAAUGAGAAAAAUUCUGAGUUGAAGAGUUUUCCUGAUCUUCAGGACACCAGCCUUCAGCAGUUAGUUUCUCAAAGGCAUUCAACCCCCCAAAAUAACAAAACCAUAUCGAAGCCCUCAAAUCAGAACUGUGAGACUAUAAUGAAAUCAUUAGCUCAAACAUUUGCAGUUGUGGAAAUAGACAGAUGGACUGAAGAGAGAAAGAGCACCAUAAAAACAAAUGACUUCACUUCAAGUGAUGGUGGUAGUGAUGAAGAAGAGUGCACAAUUAUAGCUGAUAGUGAAGACACAAAUGAAAGGGAUGUAGAUUUUGAGUGUGAUACUAAACUGUACAAGUCUGGGCUCAACACAUCUCAGGAUAAAGGUGACUCUGUUUUAUUACUUCUCAGCAGUGAUGAAAGUCAGCAGUCUGAAAACAGUGAAAUUGAAGAGGACACUGUGUGUUUUGUUGAAAACAGGGUUCAAAGGGAAUCAAAUGGAGACUCAGAAAAUAAGUCAUGUGACAAUGCAUUGUUUGUAAUUGACACAACUCCUGGAUUAAGUGCUGAUAAAAAUUUUUACUUGGAUGAGGAAGACAAGGCAAGUGAGGUUGCCACUGAGGAAGAGGAAGAGGAGGAAGAAAGUGAAGAAGAACCAUCAGAUGAAGACAAAGAUGAUGAGUUUAGUGAUGAAGACGACUUACUAAAUAACACAAAGUCUAAACUUCUGAAGUUGACAAGCAGCAGCAUAGACCCUGGUCUGAGUAUCAAGCAAUUGGGUGGUUUGUAUAUAAAUUUUAAUGCAGACAAAUUACAGUCAAACAAGAAAACUCUAACACAGAUCAAGGAGAAAAAGAAAAAUGAGAUUAUGCAGAAAGCCGUCAUUACUCCUGAUUUUGAAAAAAACUACUGUGUCCCACCAUAUCGUGAAUCAAAAUAUCAACUUCAAAAAAAACGCAGAAAAGAGCGACAAAAAACAGCAGGUGACGGCUGGUUUGGUAUGAAAGCUCCAGAAUUGACAGAUGAACUAAAAAAUGAUCUCAAAGCCCUGAAGAUGAGAGCUGGCAUGGACCCAAAAAGGUUUUACAAGAAAAACGAUAGGGAUGGUUUCCCUAAGUACUUCCAGAUUGGAACCAUUGUUGACAAUCCAGCUGACUUCUACCAUUCACGAAUUCCCAAGAAACAAAGGAAGAAAACUAUUGUGGAUGAACUGCUGGCUGAUUCUGAGUUCAGAAGGUAUAACCGAAGGAAGUACUCAGAGAUCAUGGCCGAAAAAGCAGCAAAUGCAGCAGGAAAGAAGUUUCGCAAGAAGAAGAAAUUUCGCAAUUAAGAUUCACACUAUUUUACAUCUCCCCUUUAUUUAUUUACUAAAGAUGUUUUUCAAAACUAACACCAUCACAAAAAAUUAACAUAGGCUGGCCCUAUUUAUUUAUAGGGAUUUCUGUUUGGAAAAAGUUGAUCUGAGAGAGAAUCAAUCACAUGCCCCUUUGAGUAAAAGUAGGUGUGUGUACAAAAGACCCACCCAUGCUUAGACCUAUUGAGGGGGAAAAGGAAGAGAAUCUUAACGAAUUUAAUUGACAUUUUUGUAAAGUUUUCAAUGCUUGGUUAUUUAAAGAAAAUUGAAUUAAAAGAGAUUUAGAAAGUGUAAAGUUUCCUAACAUUCAAAAAACUUUAAUAUGAUCAAAUAUAUAACAAUAUUGUAAAUAACAAUAUUUUAAUUAAAGAUAUAGGUAGGGUGUGUGUAUGUGUGUGUAGAGGAAGAGAUGGUAGACAGGAAAUGACCUUUUGUCAGCUAUAAAUUCACAUCCAGGAAAUACAGGUACAGAGAUCUGCUUGUGGCCAGUAUAAAAGUCAUAGUAAAACCGAAGGAAUGGUUCAAAAGGACUUAACAGUGAUGAAGUCUGCCUAGAAAGUUUGGGUUAAAGCUGAUGAAAGAGGGGCUUUCAAAAUACCUUAAGAUCUUGAACGAUUCCUAAAGUAGCCUGUCUCGUUCCAGAAUGUUUUUAAGACAGCUUAUUUUAAAAUGCCAAUACAGCUAGUUUUUUAAGUGAGGAAAUUAGAAAAAGGAAAGUGAGGAUGGAAGAAAUUAGAUGAAGCUAGGGUAAAAGUUAACAAAACAGUUUUGUGAAACUAACAGUUGAUAAAGGCAGGCCCUGAGCUUCCUAGCAUCUAACACAAAAAUCAGUUCUGCAUCAGUGUUCUGCCUUAAGAUAAAAACAAGUACUUUAGAGAAACAUUCCUAUUAUUAAGACCUGAGAAAAUGUCCCAUGGGUCCUCCCCAUAACAAGGAUGUCAGAUGAGAGGCAAUACUUGGCUGUCCACAGCAUAAAUGGCAGGAUUUUUAAGAAAAGGAAAAAAGGUUUAAUAAAACCUUGAGUGAGGUUAUGGGAUAAAUUCAUAGGAUCCCACUCUUAGAAAUAGCCAGUUAGAAGAAAACAUGCUCAUAUGAAAAAAAGUUUUAAUACUAUUUCAGUUCAAUCUCUCAAACAAUAACAGUUCAGGAUAACUAAAACAUUUUAUUGAAAGUUUUCAGUAAGGGUUAAAACAGAAAGGGCGUUCUAGGUAACCAAUUCCUCAAGUAUCUAAUUAAAAUGUAAAAUUCAUCUUCUCAUUGUUAUACAAUUUAAAAGUGAAGAAAUGUUUCCAGUUUUAAAAGUAAAGAAGGAAUGCUUUCAGUUACUAAUAGCUUCCAAGAAGCAGGGUCAUCGGCAUGACCUGUAAUUAAAUGUCAUAAGCAGAUCAGUGUUUUAUAAAAGAAAUGGAAUAAUCUCAAAAUGAAAUGUGAAAUUAGGUAACAGUGGGGAGUUUCUGAAAUAGAAAAGGUUAUUAAUAAGUACUCACUAAACACCAGCUAUGAGAAAGGCAAAAACUAUUGGCUCAGGUGAUGGGUAGUUCAUAGUGCAUAUUCAUUCUAGUUAUCACUGCAUAACAAAUUACAAAACUCAAUGACUCAAAA